AUGCGCGCUGCCCCCGCCGCCCCGCUGCUCCAGCUGCUGCUCCUGCUGGGGCCGCGGCUCGAGGCUGCGGGCGUCGCAGAACCGCCGCUGCCCGCCGUGGUCCUUGCCAUCCUGGCCCGCAAUGCCGAGCACUCUCUGCCCCACUACCUGGGCGCGCUGGAGCGGCUGGACUACCCCCGGGCCAGGCUGGCCCUCUGGUGUGCCACAGACCACAACGUGGACAACACCACAGAGAUGCUGCAGGAGUGGCUGGCUGCUGUGGGCGAUGACUAUGCCGCUGUGGUCUGGAGGCCUGAGGGGGAGCCCAGGUCCUACCCAGACGAAGAGGGCCCUAAGCACUGGACCAAAGAAAGGCACCAGUUUCUGAUGGAGCUGAAACAGGAAGCCCUGACCUUUGCCAGGGACUGGGGGGCCGACUAUAUCCUGUUUGCAGAUACGGACAACAUUCUGACCAACAACCAGACACUGCGGCUUCUGAUCGAGCAGGGGCUGCCCGUGGUGGCCCCGAUGCUGGACUCUCAGACCUACUACUCCAAUUUCUGGUGUGGGAUCACCCCCCAGGGCUACUACCGCCGCACAGCUGACUACUUCCCUACCAAGAACCGCCAGCGCCGGGGCUGCUUCCGUGUCCCCAUGGUCCACUCCACCUUCCUGGUAUCCCUGCGGGCGGAGGGGACAGAACAGCUGGGCUUCUACCCCCCUCACCCCAACUAUACCUGGCCCUUCGACGACAUCAUCAUCUUCGCCUACGCCUGUCAGGCUGCUGGGGUCUCAGCCCACGUGUGCAACGAGCACCGUUAUGGGUACAUGAACGUGCCUGUGAAAUCCCACCAGGGGCUGGAGGAUGAGAGAGUCAACUUCAUCCACCUGAUCUUGGAAGCGCUGGUGGAUGGGCCCCCCAUGUGGGCCUCAGCUCAUGUGUCCCGGCCCCCAAAGAGGCCCAGCAAGAUGGGGUUUGAUGAGGUGUUUGUCAUCAGCCUGGCCCGCCGGCCGGACCGCAGAGAGCGCAUGCUGAGUUCGCUCUGGGAGAUGGAGAUCUCUGGGCGUUUGGUGGAUGCCGUGGACGGCCGGAUGCUCAACAGCAGUGUCAUGAGGAGCCUCGGCGUGGACCUGCUUCCUGGCUACCAGGACCCCUACUCGGGCCGCACGCUGACCAAGGGCGAGGUGGGCUGCUUCCUCAGCCACUACUCCAUCUGGGAGGAGGUGGUUGCCCGGGGCCUGGCCCAGGUCGUGGUGUUUGAGGACGAUGUGCGCUUUGAGAGCAAUUUCAAGAUGCGGCUGGAGCAGCUGAUGAAGGAGGUGGAGGCGGAGAAACUUCCUUGGGACCUGAUCUACCUCGGCCGGAAGCAGGUGAACCCUGAGGAGGAGGCAGCCGUGGAGGGGCUGCCGCACCUGGUGGUGGCCAGCUACUCCUACUGGACACUGGCGUACGUCCUGAGCCUGGCCGGCGCCCGCAAGCUGCUGGCCUCCCAGCCCCUGCGCCGAAUGCUGCCCGUGGAUGAGUUCCUACCCAUCAUGUUUGACCAGCACCCCAACGAGCAGUACAAGGCACACUUCUGGCCGCGGGACCUGCGGGCCUUCUCAGCCCGGCCCCUGCUCGCUGCUCCCACCCACUACGCGGGGGACGCUGAGUGGCUCAGCGACACAGAGACGUCCUCGCCCUGGGACGAUGACAGCGGCCGCCUCAUCAGCUGGAGUGGCUCUUAUAAGACCCUGCGGGACCCCCGCCUGGACCUGGCCGGCAGCAGUGGGCACAGCCUCCAUCCCCACCCACAGGAUGAGCUCUAGGUCAGGGUGGUGACUCCAGAGAAGCACCCGGGAAUAGGCCAUAGCUGUCCAGGGAGCAGAGCAAGAGCCGCCACCAGGAACCAUAGACCCAGUAGAGACCUGGCUGCCACCUUGGGCAUGGCCACUCUGCCCUCUGGACCCGUCUUCCAUUGGGAGAAACCACUCAGAGAUGGGUCCCCUUCCCCAAAGGUCACGUAGCACAAGGGCAGGGCUCACAGGCCCUCUUACUUUGCCAGCCUGAUUCAGGGCCUGGGGUGGAGGGAAGAAGGGGGGGCCCCCAGCCUUCAGUUUCAAGCUGGGCGGACACAGGAGCCCUGCCCCCAGCUAAGGACCCAGCUGCUGGGGCCCCUCUGCCGCCUUCUACCUCCACCUCAGCUCCCUACCCAGCUUGACACAUGGGUCUCACCUGCCACCCUCUUCCCUGGCCAGUGGGAAGUGCAGGGAGGUGGGAGGAGGACCCAGCACACAGUAGGCCCUCAAUAAAAGCUG